GCUUCUAGAGAUAAAGAGGAGAAGAAUUGGGGGUUUCUCUGGGACUCAGCAAUCUCCAUAUCAUUAUAUGAAAUUAUCGGGGAAAACUCUUAGUCAGCUCUUCAUGUCCUUGGGGACGUGUUUCUGGGGUGUAAUUGCUGGUGUAAGCCCAAAGCUUUCUUCCUGAGCUUUUCAAAAUAAAGGAUUCUUAAUGGGAUGAAUAAGUAGGUAGACAAAUCUUGAACUUUCCUUGUCAUGAUGAAUUGGAGAUUCAUUUUUAAACCCACCAGAUGCUGCUGUUCUGUAUUAAUGACUAAUAGAACCAAAACAACCUCUGCACAGUAUGUAGCCUCCAGGGCCAGAGACCCCACAUUCGAAAAACUCAUGGAGAAGUACAAAAACCUUCUUAAAGUGGUUGCAAUUCAAGACCUCAUCCUUGCUUCCAGCAACCCUUCAUCAUCAAUUUCAUUGGACUUCCUCAAUAGGCUCUCCCAGAAGCUUCACUUGAAUUGUGGUGCUGCCUCCUUCCUCCGCAAAUACCCCCACAUCUUCCAAAUAUUUUAUGAUACUAACAAGUCUCAACCCUUUUGCAAAUUAACCAAUGCUGCCAUUGAAAUUGCUUUAGAAGAAAGUCAGGCAAUCAAAGCAUCAAUGGCCCUUGUUGUAGACCGAUUGGUUCGCCUUUUAUUAAUGACUCCUACAAAGUCUUUGCCACUCCGUGCUGUUUUCAAGGUCUGGAGGGAGCUUGGUCUCCCAGAUGACUUUGAGGAUUCUGUUAUCUCUCAAAAUUCCAAUCUCUUUAGACUUUGUGAUGGUCAUGAACCAAAUACUCAUAUCUUGAAGUUGGUCGAUCUUCUUCCGGAAAAAAAUCAUCUUACAGCAGCAGUUGAGAAUUGGAGGGUUACUGAGUGUUGUAGGGAAGACGGUCAUGUUGAUAGAACUGAAAUUAGGUUCAGUUUCAAGCAUGGUUUUCCUCCGGGAAUGAGAUUGAGCAAGGACUUGAAGGCUAAGGUUAAGGAAUGGCAGAGAUUGCCCUAUGUGGGGCCAUAUGAGGGGAUAAGGGAAAAGAGAAAGUCUAAGGCUGCAAUCAUGGCAUUGGAGAAACGAGCCGUUGCUAUUGUUCAUGAAUUCUUGAGUCUCACAGUGGAAAAGAUGGUUGAAGUGGAGAAGAUUAGUCAUUUUAGAAAUUGGUUCGAAAUAGAUAUGAAUAUCAGAGACUUGUUCUUGGAUCAUCCUGGGAUAUUUUAUCUCUCAACCAAGGGGAAAAGACAUACCGUGUUCCUCAGAGAAGCUUAUGAGAGAGGAUGUUUAAUUGACCCGAAUCCUGUUUAUGAGGCAAGGAGAAAGCUUCUUAAUUUAGUUCUGCUGGGACAUCGUGCAUUUUUUUCUAGUAUUCCAAUGAUAAGGGGUGCUGAUCAGAGCAAGGUGGAUGAGUUUCAUGGAAAAGAAUGAGAUCAAAGGAACACAAGUUUUACUGUAAUUUGGAUAGAUCCUCUCCUAGGAUGAGCUGCCUUGCCCUCAUCCUUUUGUUUUGCUGGUUAUAAGUUUAGAAACAUAGAAGGAUGAAGAAUCUAAACUAUGAACUAUGGAAUUGUUUAAGAGAUUGGGUUUGUCCACAUUAAGUGUCAGAGAUUUAGGUAUUUUGGCAUUUCUGGAUAUGGCCUGAUAAACUCCAUUCAAUUCUGGUGCCCUAUUAUUCAAGCAAUCAAAUUCUAGAAUCUCAGGCGAGGCCUGUGCAUAUCCGCAUGUCUUGAGGAUGCAAGAUAUCUGUUUGUGGUUAUAAACAAGCAUAUCAGGUAUUAUUAAGUGGGCACACGUCUGCAGUUAUGUGUUUGUUCUUCACUUGAAUGCAGCAUUGUGGUAGAACUUGCCGAUUUGCUGUGGUCUGGUUACGAGGGAGUUCCGCAGUCUCCAGAUUCCUGCCACGGCACCCGUUUUUUGGUACGGUAUCAGCUACUUCAGGUUAUUGUUUUCCCGUGGCUCUCUCUGUCCUAAAUGUGGUGACAAAGGCAGCGCCGAAACCCUUCAGUUCUCGAAAUCGGAUGAUGUUUCUAGUGUUACUAUUGGUUUCUUGUUACCAUGGUGCUAUGACAGCGCUUAGUGUGGCUGCCGGGCCACCGACCGCCUUUCCAAGAUUGGAGAAAUCGAAUGGUGUCUUAGCUCGACAAUCGAUCUUGAGGAGCUAGUGCAUGCCAUGUUGCUUCCUUCCAUAUCUCUAGCUGGCUCGACUCAAUUCUCCCUCCCAAAAAAUGGAAUCUCUUUGACUCUUCCGAGCGGUGACUUUGGAGCUGGCCUAUGUCUAAACCUAUGGUCAGACCGUAGGCUAACCUUUGUGAGCCAGUCCUUUGUUCUUUUGUGGCUACGUAAGGUUUUUUUGUUCUUUCUCA